AUGGCGCUGUUUUCUGCAGCGGCAAUAGGAGACGUCCAGAAGAUACAAUCAUUAAUCGACUCAGAAGACAAGUCCGAGGAUUCGAGAGGAGUUGAUGUAAACUGCUCGGAUGCAUCUGGCAAGACACCCCUUCACAUUGCUUCGGCAAACGGACAUUUGCAAACGGUUAAAUGCCUAACCAAUCAUGGAGCAAAGAUGAAUGUAAUCGAUGCUAACCUACAGACAUCGGUUCAUUUAUGUUCAAAGAAAGGCCAUCUUCAUGUGGUAGAGCUGUUAGUGAACGAAGGAGCAGAUAUUAAAAUUGGCGACAAAGAUGGGUUUACAGCUCUUCACAUAGCAUCAUUCGAGGGCCAUGUUGACAUUGUCAAAUACCUUGUUAGUAAAGGGGCAGAGCUGGAGAGACUUGCUAAUGAUUAUUGGACACCUCUACACCUUGCAUUAAAUGGUGGCCAUCUUGACCUUGCAGAGUACCUUUUGACAGAAGGAGCCAACAUUAACUCGUGUGGUGAAGGUGGAUGUACAGCUCUACAUGCUGCAUCACAAACAUUGAUGGAGUGA